AUGGCCGCCGUGCUAUCUGCAGCGUCCUUCCCCUCCUGGCCCGCACUGUCAUCUUCUCGUCCUCCAUAUACUGGACCGCUGGAUCCACCCUCAGAUCGAAUUGCCCCACUCCCUGUCGUACACUGUAGUUCUGGGAACACACCUGGCUGCAUCGACAUGACCUUUGCUGUGCUCACCUCUAAACUCGUCCCCGAGCGGUUUUCUAGAAAGCGAAUUCUCAGUGCUAAGUCUGCUAGCAGCCAAGGUAGCUUGGACGCUCUACCGACGGCUAUUGCGACUGCGACUUCUCAAACGCCGACGAUUUCGUCCCCCUCCACGUCUCAUCCACCAGACACUAGGUACGGACUUGACCGGCUCGUUCGAGAUGGCCAUUUUGCCGGACGGAUUCGUCCCCAACCUCCCCGCCCCAAUGUGGAUCACUUGUCGCCGUCCAAGGCUCGGUCCCUCGAUCUUCCCCGCCAGAGCAAUGUGGAAAUCCAGGAAGUUCCUCGUGCAAGCCAUAGCACCGAAAGUCUCAUGAUCUUCCUGCAUCCCGCGCAAUCUCGGUCGUCGACCUCUCUCUCCUCCUCUAUUACUCCCCGGACCGUGAAAAGCAGCAUGCUCUCCACCGCUAGUUCUCCACCAGCACUCGCAAAGAAGACGUUGUCGAUAGUCCCAGCUCAGAAGGUGCGGUCGAAGCCGAGACGACAGGUGCACACACCGAGCUAUCCGUACUUCACCACUCCUAUCGUGUUUGCCUCUGUCAACCCGCACUGCGUCGCCGCUCCCGUCCAGGUCGCCCCUUCCAAGGGCAAAAGAAAACCCGUUUCCCGCACGGAGGACGCCUGCGCACCUAGUGGUAACGCCGACUCGUUCCCCUUCUUCAAGCUAGGCAUCCGCAGGAUACGCUCGCGGGGACACAUCCUCCACUGGCACCACACUGAUGAUCUAGCGCACAGCGAUGCCGUCUCCAACGAUGCCGCGGCGACUUCCACCGCCAGACCCAGCGUUGACGCGUGCGUCUCUCUCGCAGACACAUGCACGAUGAGCGACUUCCCCGCGUCUGUGACGGCGACGGACGAUGCGAGGCCGCCAAACGCAGACAGCGCGGAUAGGGGAGGGCUUCUGGCAGCUGACGCGGGUCCCUCGCUUAGCGCCGGCGCAGACGAGGAUCGGCGGCUCGAGAUCGCGCUCGCCACCGUCAAGCUGAGUGAGGACGUGCACACGCAGAGCGGAAUCGACGAGGUCAUUCCGAAGCUACGUAGGCUUCGCGUCCCGGCGAGGUUGCGACUGUGA